AUGCCACUUCGUCUCGACAUUAAACGCCAGCUUUCUUCACGAUUGGAGGCACGAUACCCUUGUCGUGAGUAUGGACGCUGCCUCGUCGUGCUUGCUUGCAAGUCCACUUCUUUUGUGCUGCGGCACAACAAAGUGGUGGUGGCACAGUCUUUUGCUGCUGGCACGAACUUACCUGAUGAAGGUGUUGAUGGCGCCUUUUGUCUGCUCCAUAAAAUCUCUGAGAAGGUUGGUACGGGCACCUGGAUUGGAGAGUGCUUGUUGUACACUAACGCUGGCGGCAGAUUCAACUACUACGUGGGCGACUCCGGUAUAUUUGAUGGACAAAAUGAAAAUGUGGUGAGUUACACGGUUUCGCUAGUAAUGCUAGAGUACCAAACUGCUGUGGUGCGUCGUGAUUUUGAGAGUGCAAACGACAUCUUGCGCAAGAUUCCGGCAGCCCAAAUGGACCUCGUGGCGCGUUUUCUGGAGGCACAGGAUUUUAAAGAAGAGGCUUUGACCUUAAGCACUGACCCAGACCAAAACUUUGAUUUUGCUGCUUAG